AUGACGGAACCGUUUCCUCCACUCAACGGCGCACUGCCACAAAACACGGGAGCCAACGGCGCAACCAGGCGGCGAAGAAAGUCUAGUGUGCUGGGCUCCGAUGUACCUGGCGAUGUUGAUGUACCGUCUUUCGCGACAAAUCGAACGAGCACCCCGCCGCUGAACAGUCCUACGAGCAUGGAUUCGAAAUCAGAUAAAUCCAUCCGCCGCUCCAAACGAAAAACAACACGCCGCUACCUCUCCAAAGCCAAACGUCUCUGCAUCCGUCAUACGUGGCUCCUCCCCCUCAUCCUCGGCUUGAUUAUCAUAUCCCUCUACGCCAUCUAUCCCUACGAAUCGAACCCGCUGUCCGCCUGCCUCUUCCUCUCUUACCCCCUCGCACGCGACGAUCCCCUCAUUCCCGAACAUGUCCGCGCAGACCCAAACGGGCCGGUGCACUAUGGCAAAGGUGGCCGGGAUUUCGCUUUCGUUGGUUUCUACAUUAUCGUGUUGAGCUUUACACGCGAGUUCUGCAUGCAGAGAUUGAUCCGCCCGAUUGCGAUUAAACUGGGUAUUAGGAACCGCGACAAACAAUCCCGAUUCAUGGAACAAGCCUACACAGCGCUCUACUUCGCUCUCUACGGGCCCUUUGGUAUCUGGAUAAUGUCGCGCACACCCGUGUGGUAUUUCAACCCUAUUGGCAUGUACGAGGGUUUCCCCCACCGGACUCACGAAGCCGUUGUCAAGGCAUACUACUUGUUGCAAGCGAGUUACUGGGCCCAGCAAGCGAUUGUAUUGCUACUGAUGUUGGAGAAGCCGAGGAAGGAUUUCAAAGAGUUGGUUGCGCAUCAUGUUAUUACCGUGUCUCUGAUUUGGUUGAGUUAUCGAUUUCAUUUUACGUACAUGGGGAUUGCGGUCUACAUUACACAUGAUGUUUCGGAUUUCUUCUUGGCUACGUCCAAAUGUCUAAACUACAUCGACUCUCCCAUCGUUGGCCCCUACUUCUUCGUCUUCAUGUGUGUCUGGGGCUACACGCGUCACUACAUCAACCUCAAAAUCAUCUACUCCAUCUUGACUACCUUCAAGACCGUCGGGCCGUUUGAACUCAACUGGGAGACGCAACAGUACAAGUGCUGGAUCUCGCAAUACAUUACUUUUGCGCUGUUGGCAAGUCUGCAGGCAGUGAAUCUGUUUUGGUGGUUCUUCAUCUGCAGGAUUGCGUAUCGGUUCGUGGUGUACAAGGAUGCAGAUGAUGACCGGAGUGAAUACGCGCCGACAGAUGAGGAGGUUGAGGAGAAGGAGAAAUUUAUCAAAGAGGGGGCUGAGGCGGAGGGUGAGUUUGAGGGGUUGGAGAAGGAGUUGGAAAAGGUGGAAGAUGCGCCAACAACCCUGGUGACUGUGAAUGGGUCGGGGGUGCAGACGAGUGGUGCUGAUAGCAUUGGGUCGAGAGUGAAGCAACGGAAGGGUGGAAAGCAAUGA